AUCAUUUCAUCAGCAGCAGAUGCAAAAACAAGUUGCAAAACAAGUGGAAACGUAAUUUUCUUGGUGUACCGAACUGCUACAAUUGCUGAUCCUCCACUGCCCCUUAUCGUGGCCGAGGGGCCCAGAUUUUACCUUCCGUUCCAGCUUGUUUCGUGACGACGUAGUCGAGCCGAAGUGAGAAAAAAGGAACACGCAGAGAUGGCAGCGAUAAAAGUAGGCUGGUAAUUGGCAACGGGUUCAGCGAAAACCGUCAUUCCUCGAGUGUAACAAAAAGGGGUCUCAAGUGUAACAGAAAAGGGGCCAGGCCAGGCAGUGUCUUCGUUCGGUUUGUAAAUUACGGCGUACACCACCAGCGCAGCGCACAUUCAGUCCGUGGUGUCUUUGUUGUCUACAUUUUUACGCCCAAGUAAGAGGAAGUGCGCUGAAGAGCGCAAAAUAACCGUGUUUGUGAACAUCACAAAGUGUGCGUAGAGAAAGUUCGCUGCUUGCUUUUGCUCGCGAAUUGCUUUGUGGACAGCCUCUCGCAGUCGCCGCCGCCGUCGCGGUGGAGUUCAUCAUGGAAUCGUGUGCCGCCGUCGAGAAGGAGGUGGAAAAGGUGAUUAACAAGUUUUCCGCCAUCAACGACCAUUCGCAGCGUAUCAUUGGCGAUGUGAUUGCGUUCAUCGAAAAGCUGCGCUCAUCGCUCGCGGAAGGUAACGAAGCGCCGCGGCCGGUUGGCUGGUCAGUUGGUUGGCUGUGUGUGCUUACAUUUGGCGGCCUAUUUUUAGGUACCCCGGACGAUAAACUCACGCCCGGCCAGGUGGAGGUGCUGAACGACGCGCUGAAGAAGGUGAAAGACAAGCUGCACCGGCUCACGACCGAGCAUCGCGAUCUGCACGGUACCGUGAGCAAGGUGGGCAAGGCGAUCGACCGCAACUUCGUGGCCGACUUCACGGCGACAUCGCGCACGGAUGUGCUCCAAUCGGAGCGCAAUCUGGUGCUGCUGAACAAGAUCAUGGCCCAGCACUUUUACCGCCAGGGCAUGGACGAUGUGGCCGACGCGCUCAUCAAGGAGUCGGGCAUCCCGCGCGAGGACAUCGUGCCGGAGCCGUACGCGGAGCUCCACCGCAUCUGGGAGGCGAUCCACAACGGCAACCUGGCGCCCGCCCUCGAGUGGGCCGCCCAGUACUCGGACGAGCUCGAUGCCCGGAACAGCGCACUCGAGUUUAAGCUGCACCGUCUCGCGUUCAUGCAGAUACUGAACGGUGGCGUACAGGCGCAAACCGAAGCCAUCGCGUACGCUCGCACCAACUUUGCCAAGUUCGUGCGGCGCUUCGAGAAGGACAUCCAGAGCCUGAUGGGCACGCUCAUCUAUCUACCGAUCGGUGUGCACAACUCACCAUACAAAUACCUUACUGCCCCGGAAAUGUGGAUCGAAACCGCCGACGUGUUCCUCAAGGAUGCCUGCCAGCUGCUGAGCAUCAACAAAGACUCGCCCCUGUCGGUGAUAGUGAACGCCGGAUGCACGGCACUGCCGGCCCUGCUCAACCUGAAACAGGUGAUGAUGUCCCGCCAGGUGACGGGCAUUUGGAACGGGCGUGACGAGCUGCCUAUUGAAAUCGAUCUCGAACCGGAAAACCGGUUCCACUCCAUCUUCGCCUGUCCCAUUCUGCGGCAGCAGAGCUCGGAAGACAACCCACCUAUGAAGCUACUCUGUGGCCACGUCAUAUCCCGCGAUGCUCUUAACAAACUCAGCAAUGGACCGAUAUUAAAGUGCCCGUACUGUCCCAUGGAGCAGUCACCGUCGGAUGCCAAGCUGAUAUACUUCUAAAGCGCGGGUUCCUUCGAUGAAACCUUCCGUGACAUCCGUGUCUGUUAAAAGCUUAGCAAAAGUGUGUGCGUGUGCGUAUAAGGUAGUGGAAUCUUUCUCCUUUCUGCUGGUGAUGGAGGUCUUCGGUCCCAGGACUCGGGACCCGGGCGCCGGACGACGAAGCAGCGCGAUCGACUCUCCCAGGAUACACACCGUUUUUGAGUUUAUCGCAACCAUCCCUGAUUCAACCUGCAGCUGUGUCCGGCACCGGCACGAAACUAAGAUUAGGGACGGGACCGGUACGAAUGGUGCGCGCACGAGUCUCGUGUGUGGUAGUUUGUUAUUUAUGGAUACGUUAUAGACAAGCAAGGCUACUUUGUUUGAUUGUUUGGUGUGCACUCUCUGGUCCUUCUUUCGUGAGUGGUAAGAAAGGAGACGAUAGGAAAGUGAGACGCUCCACAGGAUAUAGGGAAAUGAAUUUAUUGGCAUGCUCCUCCAGCAUGCAAUGCUACGUGAAGAAAAGGGACAAGGGACCCACCACCAGUGGUGGGUUUUCUGAGGGCGAUGCGUUACGCACCGCGGAGCGGACACGGGCAAGUGAGUGACGAAUUAAGCAGCGCCCGGGCUCUCGGGCUCCAGAGCCCUGAAAGAUUCACGAACCACGGGACAUCAAAUAACUUUUACUGCGACAAAGUUUAACAACAAAAAACUGGCUGUAAAUAUAUACAUACAUGAACAUAUUAUAUUUUUUAUUGAUGACAAAAUAAAAUCAAGCGCGUAUAUAUAUAAAUAUAUAGGAAAUGGA